AUGUAUAACAAUAGAUUCACUAAUCGUGGAGGUUCAGGAAAUAGAUUCUUACCUUAUAAAAAAUCAAAAUUACAACGUUUCGCCAUUAAGAAUGGUGGAGUGGUUGGAGGUAUAAGUAAUGAUGGUAAUACAUGUUUCAUGAAUUCUGUAAUACAAUCCCUUGCAUCUUCUCGUCAAUUUAUGCAAUUUAUUGAUUCUUAUUUAUAUACCAAUUUCAAUAAUGUCGAUGGCAAAUCUCAACCAAGAUCUGAUUUAAUCUUUACUAAUGCUUUAAAGACUCUUUUGGAUAAUGUGAAUGGGAAAUAUGGUACCAGAGGGAAAGAAUUCAGUACCAAACCAUUAUUAAAUAAAAUGCCUAAUGGUCCUAAACAAAAUUUCUUUUCAGGUUAUAAUCAAGAAGAUGCUCAAGAAUUUUAUCAAUUAGUAAUGAAUAUCUUAGAACGUGAGUAUAAGAAAAUGACAUCAUCAAGAUUCUCUACCCCAGAACCAGAAUCAGAAGUUUCUUCCUUAAAACAAGCCGAAAAAUUCAUUGAAAUAUCAAACUUGUAUAAAGUAAUAUCUGGUAUUGAAGAAUUAGGUAAAUUAGGUAAAGUUUAUGUGCCUGCCAAUCAAGUUGAUCCUAAUUUAACUGAUUCUGAUCAUAAAGUAUAUCCUUUGGAAUUAAUUACACCUGUUGAUGGUAUCUCAGCAGAAAGAAUUGGGUGUUUAACUUGUGGUGAAGUUGGUGGUAUAAGGUAUUCCGUCAUCAGUGGAUUAAGUCUUAAUUUACCUCAAAAUUCUUUAACUUCAUCCUAUUAUUCUUCAUCAAGUUUCGAAUUACCUACAUUAUUAAAUGAAUGGAUUACUCCUGAAAUAAUUGAAGAUGUUAAUUGUAAUAGAUGCGGAUUAAAUCAAACUAAAGAGUUCUUAUUAGAAACUUUACAAGAAUUAAAAGAAAAGGAAUCAAAUCCAAUGAAUGAAAGAUUAAUUGAACAAUUCAGUAAUAGAUUGAAUCUUAUCGAUCAAGAAUUAUUACAACCUCAUAUUACGGAUGAAAUAUUUGAAAAAUUAACUAUCAAAAAACAAAUUAAAAAAUCAAGAAAAUCAAAACAAAUCUACUUAUCAAGACCUCCACCAUUAUUAUCUAUUCAUAUCAAUAGAUCAGUUUUUGAUCCAAGAUCUUAUGCCAUUGUGAAAAAUCCAAGUAAUGUGACAUUCCCUGAUAAGUUAAAUUUAACUGAUUAUGUCGUUGAACCAAAGGAUAUUAAUAUGGAUGCUAGAUUACCGUUCAGAAAGCAAGAUGAAAGAACAAUCAUUGCCGAUCAACCAACUUCUUCUAAACCAGAUCAACCAACAUUAUCUACUUCAAAUACCACUCCACCAUCUGAUUCUUCUAUAUCUUCUGAAGAUGACGUUCCAACUGUGGAGUCAGGUUCAACUGGUAUAAGUACAGCUGAUGAUGAAAACAUUGAAGUUCCAAAUCAAGUUGAUCCAAGAUUAUUGUAUAAUUUAACUGCCGUUAUAAUCCAUUACGGUACUCAUAAUUAUGGUCAUUAUAUAUGUUACCGUAAAUUAAGAGGUACAUGGUGGAGAAUAAGUGAUGAAUCAGUUUAUGUGGUUGAUGAAAGUGAAGUAUUGAAUGGUGGUCAAGGGACAUUUAUGUUAUUUUAUGAAUUUGAUGAUGGAUUUAAAGAAACAUUAGAAGAUUUAUCUGAUAGUGAACCAGAAACUGAAUCAAUAAUAACUUCAUCUCAAGAAGUUGAAAAUGAUGAUGAAGAUGAUGAAAUUGAAAAUGACGCUAAUGGUAUUGAAAAUGGCAGUGUUUCAUCUUCUUACCGUACUAAAUUGAAUGCAGAAGCUAAUAACAAUUCAUCAGAAAAUGUCACUCAACCUUCAAGUAAUGAUGAUUAUGAACUUAGUAGCAGUAGCGAUGAAGAAGAAUUAAUGAAUGUAAAGAAUACUACUACCUCGGCUACAACUACUGGAUAUCAAUAUACGGAAGAAGAUAGUUCCAUUAUCGACUUACAUAUAGCUGAAGCUCAAGUACAUUUAUAG